UGUUGGUAUUGCAGGUGAGGUGGGCAGAGCAACAAGUAGUUAAGAGGCGUGUUAAAAGGGAUUUUAUAACCACACCCACGUAUAGAUCCACCUGGAUGAACGACCCCAAGUGGCCGCAGAUGUGGUACCUGAAUCGCGGCGGAUCUCUGGAUAUGAAUGUGCAGGCGGCGUGGGCGGAAGGUGUGACGGGCAAGGGUGUGGUGGUGACCAUUCUGGAUGAUGGCCUUGAGAAAGAUCAUCCGGAUCUCAUCAAGAACUAUGAUCCCAAUGCAUCUUAUGAUGUCAACAGUCAUGACCCAGACCCCAUGCCUCGUUAUGACCUGGUUGACUCAAACCGCCACGGAACGAGAUGUGCCGGAGAGGUGGCUGCAGAUGCUAACAACUCCAUCUGUGCUGUUGGUGUUGCGUUUGAGGCAUCCGUUGGAGGAGUGAGAAUGUUGGACGGAGAUGUUACCGAUGCUGUCGAGGCCCGGUCUUUAGCGCUUAACCCACAACACAUAGAUAUCUACUCUGCUUCUUGGGGUCCAGAUGACGAUGGAAAGACUGUCGAUGGUCCCGGACAGUUGGCGACACGAGCAUUUGUGGAAGGCAUCAAAAAUGGUCGUGGAGGUAAAGGCUCAGUGUUUGUGUGGGCGUCGGGUAAUGGUGGCAGAGACCAAGAUAACUGUAACUGUGAUGGCUAUACUAACUCCAUCUGGACACUCAGCAUCUCCUCAGCUACAGAAAAGGGUCGUGUUCCAUGGUACUCUGAGGCGUGCAGCUCCACACUGGCAACUACCUACAGCUCAGGAUCGCUGGGUGAACGCCAGAUCAUCACUACUGACCUUCACCACUCUUGCACAUCUUCACACACUGGCACAUCAGCCUCGGCACCUUUGGCUGCAGCAAUUUGUGCUCUGGCUCUUCAGGUAAAUCGGGACAUUACAUGGCGCGACAUGCAGCACAUCGUAGUACGAACUGCGCGGCCGGAGAAUUUGGAAGCCCCGGAUUGGCAGACCAACGGUGUAGGUCGCCGGGUUUCACACAGGUGA